UUCAGUUUGGAUUUUUUGAAAAUGUUCCGUAUUGGAACUUUUGGUCGUUUUCAAAAUCUUUUGAUCUAAUAAGUCAUAAAAGUUAAUGUAAAUCAUUUACAGUAUGUAUUAUGUUGAUAUUUUUAAAUGUCUAAGAUUUACUGUUGUUACAAUUCAUUGUCGACGAGAGAUUUGACAAGUAUUUCGACAAACGACGGUGAAUUUAUCAUAAUACCUACCAAUAUAUUAUUAUUGGCGUCGAAUAUUAUUAUAUUCUCCACCCGAUUAUAUGAUGGACCUAAUAAAGUGUUACAGUGGAGACAGCGGGGAAAGCGAUGGCGAGCAUGAUGAACCUGUUCAAAAAGUGUUACCAGUACCUGAAGCCAUUGCCUUAAUGUUUGACGGUAGACUCUAUCAUCCAAAGCCAAAAGAUGAACCUGAUUCCCACCAAGGACGUGCUCGGUUGUUUGAACAUGAACGUGGUAAUUGGGCUACUUACGUUUAUGUACCUUGUCCAGACAUGGAUUUAGUGGAGAUUGUUCAAGAUAAAUUGACCGAAUUUGGCCUAGAAAUUAUUAAACAUCCCCACAUCAGCCUUACGAAAACAGUUGUACUUCAGUAUCAUUGGAUACAACGAUUUAUCAAUGAUGUGAAAUCCAAAUUGUCAACAAUUUUAAGAUUUACAGUCACUUUUGGAAACUUAGAGGUAUUUUGUAAUGAAAAUAGUAGUAGGACAUUUAUUGGUUUUCUUGCACAUCCUGCAGAAGUUUUAUCUCAAUGUGUUGAUCAACUUGACAAUGUCUUGUCUGACUAUAAUUUGCCAAAAUAUUAUGAAGAUCGACAAUUUCAUUUGAGUGUUGCUUGGUGUUUGGGCGAUCAAUCUAGUCAGCUAAGGACUAAAUUAAAAUCAUUAGAAUUAGAAAUAGAAGUUGACACUUCUCGUAGUUUAACAGUUGACAAUCUUAUGUGUAAAACUGGUAAUAAAAAAUAUAACUUUGAUCUCGUUUAAUAAUGUCUGAUGUGCAUGAAAAUAAAUAAUAUUUACCUAUUCAUAUAGUAUAAUAUAUCUUUUAA